AAACACUUGUGUCCACGGAAAAAAGUGUGAGAACAUGAAAUUGUUGUCUAAAGUGGAUUAUUAAUGCCCUCAAAACAUAUACUUCCGAAAUUCCAAGCACCAUUUCUCUCUAUGCAUCCAACUGUGGCACACUGCUACCCACAUACACCACAACGUUUCCCGUCCAGAGAUGUCUCAAGGCCAACUCCACCAACCCAUCUUAGCCUCCGAACAGGAACCGGCAGCAGAAGCCUCCAGCAAUGGAGACCGUGUGGACUUUCUACUCGAGACGGUGCUGUCCGACACCCAAUUGCCCCCAUUCAAGCGACUCCGCAUGGCCACAUGGAUCGAACUCAAGCUCCUCUUUCGCCUUGCUGCCCCCGCCGUCUCGGUUUAUGUCAUUAACAACUCCAUGUCACUUUCCACUCGUAUCUUCGCCGGCCACCUCGGCAAUCUUGAGCUGGCCGCCGCCACUCUCGGCAACAGCGGCAUCCAACUCUUGGCCUAUGGCCUCAUGCUAGGCAUGGGAAGUGCAGUGGAGACUCUAUGUGGGCAAGCCUACGGUGCCCAAAAGUAUGACAUGUUAAGCAUAUACCUUCAAAGAGCAAUCAUAGUCCUCUCUCUCACUGGCCUCCCACUUCUGGCAGUCUUUCUCCUCGCAAAACCCUUGUUGCUUUUACUCGGCGAACCAACCGCCGUGGCCUCAGCCGCCGCCGUCUUUGUCUACGGUCUCAUCCCUCAAAUAUUUGCCUACGCCAUAAACUUCCCCAUUCAAAAGUUUCUCCAAGCACAACGAAUUGUGGCCCCAAGUGCUUACAUAUCAGCAGCUACUUUUGGGGUGCAUUUAUUGCUGAGCUGGGUUGCUGUGUACAAGCUGGGUUUAGGGUUGCUAGGUGCGUCUCUUGUAUUGAGUUUGUCGUGGUGGAUAAUAGUUGGAGCCCAGAUUGUUUACAUCUUGGCGAGCAGUCAGUGUAAACUGACUUGGCAGGGUUUCAGUGUGCAAGCCUUUUCUGGGUUGUGGGAUUUUUUCAAGCUAUCGGCUGCAUCGGCGGUGAUGUUGUGCUUGGAGGUUUGGUACACUCAGGUGCUAGUUUUGAUUGCUGGGUUGCUAAAAAAUCCUGAGCUUGCACUAAAUUCUUUGGCCGUAUGCAUGUCGUUAAAUGGAGUGUUCUUCAUGGUUUCAGUCGGGUUCAAUGCAGCUGCAAGUGUGAGGGUGAGCAAUGAGCUAGGUUCUGGGAAUCCAAAGUCAGCAGCAUUCUCGGUUAUAGUAGUAACUUUGGUGUCCUUGGCUUUUGCUGUUGUGGAAGCUGUGGUUGUGCUCUCCCUCCGCGACGUAAUCAGUUAUGCCUUCACCAGCGGUGAAACUGUGGCCAAGGCAGUCUCGCACCUCACUCCAUAUUUGGCCGUCACUCUAGUCCUCAAUGGGAUUCAACCAGUCCUAUCCGGGGUGGCGGUUGGGUGUGGGUGGCAAGCAUUUGUGGCAUAUGUGAAUGUGGGAUGUUAUUACGUAGUUGGAAUUCCAUGCGGCUGUGUUCUUGGAUUUGUGUUCGACCUUGGUGCUGAGGGAAUAUGGUCGGGGAUGAUAGGAGGAACUCUGAUGCAGACCUUAAUUUUACUGUGGGUAACAUUUCGUACAGACUGGGAUAAAGAGGUGGACAAUGCCAAAAGUCGCGUGGAGAAAUGGGAUGACAAGGAGCAGCCUCUACUAAAAAGUUGAUGGCGUCACAAGUUUUCAACAGGCCACGAGUUUUCAACAUACCAUAAAAGCCACGAGUAUUCAACAGGUCACAAUUGCUGGCUCGGCACACCCAAUAUCAUUGGGCGGAUUCAAAUUGUUUUAAUGCAUGCUUUUCAACUUCUGAUAAUAUUCAUUUUUCCCCUUUCUUGGAGAAAGAUGUAGAGUUACAGAAAUGGGUAAUCUUCAUAAACAGAUACAAAUAGAGAAGAAGAAAAUGGGUGUCUUGUUCUUCGAUCGAAUCUCAGAAGAAUACAUAACUUUCGGGAUUCACUAAUUUUAGUCACUAAGAAAUUAGGGCUUGACCCAUUCGCACAUAGAAUACA